AUGGGAAGCCACACCUUCAAGUGGGAACACCCUGCCGAGGAGGUCUACGUAACCGGCACCUUUGAUAACUGGACCAAGAGCGUCAAGCUUGAGAAGGACGGCGACGUUUUCCAGAAGACCGUCGAGCUCGAGGACGCCUCCAAGAAGAUCUACUACAAGUUCGUUGUCGACAACACCUGGACAACAAACGACUCUGCACCCAAGGAGCCUGACCACGACGGCAACAUCAACAACUUUCUUACACCCGAGCAAAUCAUCACAUCUCCUGCCGCCGCGGCUCUGAUCAACACUGUAACGCCCGACUCCACAACCGCAGCGAUGGCAGGCCAACAAUCAAAGAAGAAGAAGAAUAAGAAGAGCAAGAACAACAAUCCGAACAAGGAGUCUCAAUCUUCUCUUGCGACCACGGAGACCACACAGUCGAAGGGCGCCGAGGAGGUUCCCACCCCGGCUGAUAUUCCUGGUGGCUUCCCCAUUACUCCCGCUGCCGAGUUAGACAGGCCUGUGGGUAUCAACCCUCUCCCUGCCGCUGAGGGCGCUGUGAAUCCAGUCACGGUUGAGGCUGGGGAGAAGAUCCCCCAGUCUGUUGCUGCCCAGGAUCUCAAUGCCAACGUGAAGCUUGACAAGGAGUCGUAUGAGAAGAGCGACGCGCUCCCUGGUGGCCUCCCCGCUGCCUUUGCCGCCGAAGCAGAGAAGCCUGUCAGCAUCAACCCUCUCCCGGCCGCCGCUGGUGCUGUGAACCCAAUUCAGCUCGCGCCUGGGGAGAAGGUCCCCCAGUCUGUGGCUGCCCAAGAUAUCAAUGCGAAUGUGAAGCUUGACAAGGAGUCGUAUGAGAAGAGCGAUACUCUCCCUGGAGUUCAAACUGAAGUUCCCGCUGUUUCUAAGAACAUCAUUCCCGAGUCCGGUUUGCCUGUUGGUGAUGCCACUAUCAACUCAGUUACACCAACCGCCACUACUGCUAUCCUGGCUGGCAAUGUUCCCCUCGAGCCCAAGGUUCCAAAGAUCGUCAAGGAGAGCCAGGAGCAGGCUGGUGUGCCCCCCGAGGCAAGCGCUAUUGCCGAAGAGGUGAAGGAAAAGGCUGCCGUCGAGGAGGAGCUUAAGGCUAAGGUGCCAGAGGCCCCUUCGACCUCUGAGGGUACUUCUGGGUUGGGCACUGAGAAGUCCGAGAACACUGGUACCAUUGCUGCAGCUGCAGCCACAGCCGGUGGCGCUGUCAUUGCUGCCGUAACAGCCGCAGCAGCAACUGUCGCUGGCAAGGCCGCUCCUGUCGUUGACCAGGCUUCCGCUGCCGCUGACCAGGCCGCUGCGACAGCCGUCGAUGUUGCCAACAAGAACUUGCCAGACUCUGUCAAGGAGACGCUGCCCGAAUCGGCUCAACAAGUCCUGGCCUCUCACAACAAGGAGGAGAUCCGCGAACAGAUUGCUCCCGAAGUUCCAGAUGAGGUGAAGCAGUCCAUCACCGAAGCUGCGAAGAGCCCCGAGGCUGCUGCCAACGCUGUUGCCGUUGAAGACAAGAAGGAAGUCGAAGCUGAGCUGCUGAAGGAAGUCAAGGAGGUGCCUGCCGUUGGCGCUGCAACUGUUCCUGAGGCCAAGACUGCCCAGGCUACCGAGGCAGCACCCACGACUGCGGCAGCACCCACAACUGUGGCAGCACCUACAACUGCGGCAGCACCCGCGAUCGCGGAGGCACCCAAGGUUGAGGAGACUCCCAAGGCCGAAGCACCAAAGGUCGAUGCCGCAGCUAAUGGCGGUGAGGCACCUAAGGCCGAGGCUGCCUCCAAUGGCGCUGAAGCACCAAAGGCUGAGGCUGCUUCCAACGGUGCUGGGGCAUCGAACGGCACUGGAAGCAAGCCCGAAGCAUCCAAGACAGCCGAGGCUUCCACGGAAAAGAAGAAGAAGAACCGCUUCAGCGCGAUACUCAGCAAGAUUAAGCACAAAAUCACCGAUAAGAAUUGA